CUUUAUUGGAAUUUCUGCAUAAAUUUUGGUUAUUCAUUCUCUUGAUAUGAAAUUAGACUUUUACUAGUGCUUGGUUCAUUGAUCCCACCUUUUAUUGUCUAUAUUUUAUAUAAUUGCUCUGAUCACAAGCUGCAGAUUGUAGUCAAAUUUUCCAGGUACUCAUGUAAUCUGUGCUCAUACUGAAUGUACGUUAUUAAUUGCAUUAUACCUUUUGUCUAUACUUUGUGUCAAUCUUUUUUUUCUCAUCUUGAUAUCUAGGAACACUUUGAACCUGGGAAGCAGUGUCAUGCAGCUGAAAUUAAUAUGAAAUCCCAGAAAGAGUCAUCUGCAUUUUUUGACAGAAUAGCAUAUGAAUAUGAAGAGGCAAAAUCAAGUAUUUGUGCUUUCUCCAGGACCGACAUACCUGGAUGUCUAUCUGAUGAUCCUCUGCUUAAAUUAUCAGAUGGCACAGAUCAACGAACUGCUGAUGGAGACAAAGAUGUAAAUAUCAUUGAAUUCUCCAAUGCCAUCGUGCCAACUGAUCUACCUGUAUGUGGGAUUGGAAGUGAUUCUCAAGCUUGUGUUGAUGGCAAUAAUGUGGCAGAAAACAACACUGAAGGUCUUGUUGUGGUUGCACUUCCCACAAAAGUAAGCACCAUUUCAACUCCACUUGGGAAAGUCAAUCAAAACUCUGACAGCGGGUCUAGUAGCAAUAUCAAUUUACAUGCACAUAGCCAUAUUAAUUCACCAUCAAUUGGAAGCCCUUCAACUGCUGAUCCCGUGAGAGAGAGACCUAAAUGGGAAUCAUCAGCAACUCAUGAUCUGUCCUACAUGAAACAAUCUCCAUCAGCUGCCACCAGCUUGGGGGGUGUUCUCGAAGCUCUCCAGCAUGCCAAGAACUCCUUGAGACAAGAGCUCCAUAAGUUGCCUUUGCCAUAUCCAGCCAUCAAGGCUUUACCAGCACAGAGCAACUACCAUGUUAGGGCUGUUGUAUCUGAUGAAUCUUCCAAAGUUCCCGUUUGUUCUGUUGGCCUGUUCAGAAUACCAACCGACCAUUCUCAUCAGUCACAAAAUUCAGAGCAUGAAUACCAUGGUUCAGGAUUAAGUUUGGCAGCUGGCCAUCCUCAUCUUGGAUACGCCAUCACUACAAGUGAUCGUCGUGGGUCAAUUAUUCCAUAUGUGUCCAAGGAAUCCAUGGGGACAUUGAAAUUCAGUAAUUACCUUCCAGGUAUGGACCUUCCUAGUCCACUUCUGUGUUCCCAACCUUGCUCGGGAUCGACGGCUGACAAGAUUCACUUCCCAAAUGAAAUUGGUGUUUCCCUAGGAAAGCAGCAUUUCAACACUUACUCCCCGGGAAUAGGAAUUCCUGCUUUCGACAGGUACCCAAGAGCCUCCUUUGAGUACAUAUUCCUUUGCAUACUCAGGCUUGACAACAGAUCAAAUGCUCGUUCAUGAUGGACUUCCAAAACCUUAUACUUACAUGAGAAAUCGGACGCCUUCAUAUGGCGGUGAUGGUUAUGGUAAAUGGGACUCGAUCUG